UCGUGCCUCAUUUUCUCUCUCUGUAAUCCAAAUUAUCAGACAAGACCAAAGCCGCUAUUUCCUUUUUAUUGGUUUCCUUGCUUUAACUGUCACUGCAACGAACUCUGCCAUGGGACUCUCUCUUCUCCUUCUCCCUCAACAGCAGACCUCCCAAAUCCACCAUCUUCACACCCUCUUCUCCCCAACAUUCUCCAUAAGAAGCAAACAAAUAAGGAAGGUGCCGACCGUUGCUCUUUGCCGAUGCUCAUCAUCUUCUUCCUCCCGAGAUUCUGCGAAAGCAGAGCUCGCGCCAUCGCCGUCACCCUCGGAAGGAAGGAGAGCACUCCUGGCUUGUCUCCUAUUAUCAGCUGCUGGCACGUGCGUAUCUGAUGCGGCUCAUGCUGUUAGCACCAGUCGAAGAGCUCUCCGAGGAGAAAAAAUACCCGAGAGUGAUUUCACAACCCUCCCCAAUGGUCUGAAGUAUUAUGAUAUAAAAGUAGGAGGUGGAGCUGAGGCUGUGAAGGGAUCAAGGGUUGCAGUCCACUAUGUUGCCAAAUGGAAGGGCAUUACUUUUAUGACUAGCAGACAAGGGCUUGGUGUGGGUGGAGGCACGCCAUAUGGAUUUGAUGUUGGUCAAUCAGAGAAGGGAAAUGUCCUUAAGGGUUUGGACUUGGGUGUUCAGGGCAUGCGAGUAGGCGGCCAGAGACUACUAAUAGUUCCACCUAAGCUAGCCUAUGGAAGCAAAGGGGUUCAGGAGAUCCCGCCAAAUGCAACAAUAGAGCUGGAUGUUGAACUCCUAACUAUCAAGCAAAGUCCCUUUGGAUCUCCUGUCAAAAUCGUCGAAGGUUAGAUCCUGUAUCUUCCCAAUUGCUCAUCGUGCGGUGUUUCUAAGCAAGAUGGAAACAAGAAGCUUGAAGCUUUUGCAAAAACUGAAUCUUAUGGAGCACAAGGUAUUGCAGACGAUAUUGUGUGUGACUUGAGAUGCACAAGUCUGCUAUCCUGCAAGUUGCUCAAUUUAUCUGAUUAGUCCUACUCUUUCUGCGUAAGAACGUGUCAUUUUUAGAUGUCUGCUGAGUGCACUAAACAAUUACUGUCGUUUUAUACCUGAUAUUUACAUCAUUCUCUCCA